UAAUGCGCAGGACUAUUCUUUCCAUGAAUGCCAUCUCCUUCGGAUUAGUAGCCACUGCAAUCUUGGUUUCUAUGUUCCUCAUCAUGGCACUGUUCGAGCACCUUAUCGCGCCGAGGGUAUCCUUGCUCCGGUCGUCGCGGCGCAAUGCCCGAGAUUCAUCGUCGGAGAUUCGCCGGUCACAUGCUCCGGUUCACUCGCACGAGAAGGCCCAAACUUCAGCGACAGUUGGGAAUGAGCAUGAAGGCGAUGUGUUUGUGGUAAUGCCGGGAGAAAAGCAUCCCACCUUCCUGGCUUUUCCUUCGCCGAGAGAGGGAAUGACUUGGCCUUCCAGUGGUCCUUAAUUAAUUCUGUAGGCUUCUGGCUUCAUGCAAAAUGAUGUGGUAUUGUGAUCUACUUUCGCUCAAACACAAGAGACAGACACCUGCAUGAAUUAAUGUGGUUGAUUGGAUGCGUGAAAUAUAUUUUAAUAUUUGUAA